AUGACGCAGCGCGAGACGGACUUCUGGGUCUCGCGCCUGGGCGCGCUCAGCGUCGUGGGCGCGCUCAACAGCGGCACGCGCGUAACCAGCCACCACGCUGGAGACUGCGGCGAGCGCUGCGCCGGCCCGCAGGUCGACGUGCCGCCGCCGCCCCAGCAGGGUGGACGCUGGCCCUGCGGCCAACUGACGGCCAAGGGCAUCGCCAUGAUGCGCGACAAGGGCCAGCAGCUACGCGAGCGCUACAAGCCGCUGCUGGAGGACGCGGACCCUGUCCGCCACGUGCACGUGCAGUCCACCAACAUCCGGAGGACCAUUCGCUCGGCUCAGAGUGUCCUCGCGGGGCUCUUUCCCGAGCACUUUGUCAACAACGACGACCUGCUCGUCAUCCACGCGGACGACUCCAACAGCCUCGCGCCGCAGCAUUCGUACGAGCUGUACCGGGAUCUGGGCAAGAUGCUGGCGGACGAGCUGCGGCAGCACGCGCCCCCGGGUUUCGCCGAGGCCUCGCAGAGGAUCAGCAGCAUCAUUGGAGCGGGGUCCUCCAAGCUCGUCUCCUGGACUGGCUUGCGAGAGGUGCUCAUCUGCCGCGAGGCGCACGGGUUGGAGUUCCCGGUGGGACUCGACCAGCAGCUCUUCGCCCAGAUCUGCGAGUACGACGCGUGGCUGUGGCACCACCUGUACGGCAACAUGGACUUCUGCCGCGCCAGCUUCCGCGCCGGCGUGCAGCGCAUCUACGCGUACCUGACCAGUCACAAGCUGUCGCUGUUCUCGGCGCACGACAACUCGCUCGUGGCGCUCGUGAACGCGCUGCAGCUGCAGGUUCCGCGCGUGAUCCCUCCGUACGGCGCCAUGCUGACCUUCGAGCUCUUCCGGCACCGCGUCACGGGCGAGGUCUUCCUCCGGGCGCUGUUCGAGGGCGUCGAGGCGGCCUUCGCGGGCCACGAGCCCUCGGCGCUGUGUCCGUUCGCCGUGUUCCAGCAGGCGGCGCAGAGCUUCCUACAGGGCGCCGCGCUUUCAGCUUUACAAGCAUCCGUCCACCAAUAG